CACAAGCUUCAGCCGUCGCAACCAAGAAACUCAGGAUUGAGAAGCGGUGGAAAAUCUUUUGAUUCUUGGAAUCAUGAUCAAAGGAAAACGUGUUCCGGGUGUGGGUAGAAGAACUGGGAAUGCGGUCACCCAAUUAAUCCUUCCCAGAAAGGAACCAAAGAAGCAAGCGAAGCUAGGAAAACUGGAAGCCAUGUCUUGCCUCUCCAAGCUGCUGCAAUCAGAUGACGGUCAUCCUUCUUCGGAAUCGGAGUCGGAGCUGCAACCGCUGGCUGAAAGCGCUUCAAUCCGUCGGAUUUAAAGCCGUCCCAGUUGUCAUCGGCCGUCAGUUGAGCGGUGGUGCUGAGGAUUCUCUUGCUCCACCGCUGCUGCCGCCGCAAUCGCCGACUACCGUGGCGGAAUCUUCUCCUUCGCCGCCUGCUCCACAAGGUUUGGCCGGGGUGCGCAAGGAUCUCGCCGAGAUUAAGGGGAGCUUGAAGGUUGGGUUGUCUCUGCUGUCGGGGACGAGAACUUUCGUUGGCCGGAAGUGCCAGCCUCGGACUUCGGUUGCAUCCCUAGAAGACCAGCCGUGCAGAAUGAAGCUAGGUUGCCAACUAGCUUUGGGCCGCUAAUUUUGAUGGAUCUAGUGAUGAUUAAAUGACAAACCUUGGGCCAAUACUCUUGACUAUCGCGGGCUUGCGUACAAGGAAAAAGGUUGCUCCAUUAGUUGCUGGCGGUCAUGAGGGAUUGGUUUAAUUCCAAUUCUCAAGAGGCAUUGUCAUCAUCCUCUAGCUCAAGUAAAGUGCAAUUUGGGUCUGGUCCUUUUGAGAGUUACUAUUUGAUGCCCUAAAAUUUUUAAAAAAUCGCCCUAAAACCUAUUAAAAAUACACUUUUACC